UUUCAGCUCCGUGCUUUACAGAUGGUCCUAACACCAACCACUCACGGGUUUGGAUACUGGGCAUAUUUCUUAUGCUACUUCCAACUAGUAUAAGGCUUUUAACCAGAGAAGCCCUAGUGGAAGCUUCUUGUCACUUCUCUCAUGUUUGCUUUGCUAGCUGCCAUGCCAUGGAUCCAAUCGUUCGCCUUUUUGUUCUAGCAUCCUCCUUUACACAUCUUCUUUCCGUAAUAGCUCAACCAGCAAAUCCCAUCUCUCGGAUCACAGUAGUGGGUGUUGUUUUCUGCGAUAUAUGUUCAAGCAACACCUUCUCUAGGCACAGCUAUUUCUUGCCAGGUGUGGAAGUCAACGUUCAAUGCAAGUUUAAAGCAAAAUCACCUAAAACCACAGAGCAGAUGACCGUCUCAGUCAACAGAACCACUGAUAAGUAUGGAGUAUACAAGCUAGAAAUACCGCACGUUGAUGGGGUUGACUGUGUGGAAGGUUUGGCUAUUGAGUCAUUAUGCCAGGCAAGUUUAAUAGGGAGUAAAUCUUCAGCAUGCAAUGUACCAGGUUUGAAGACUUCGGUAAAUCAGAUAUCUGUCAAGUCAAAACAAGAUAAUCUUUGCAUCUACAGCUUGAAUGCGCUGAGUUAUAGGCCAUCCAAAAGAAACACCACCUUGUGUAGAAAUCACAAAGAGCUGUUGCCAAGUUCUUUUAACUCUUCAAAAUGUAUUUUUCCUUUCCCAGGGUUUGGUUUUCCUUGGCCUUUGCCAUCAUUGCCUUUGCCUCCACUACCUCCCCUUUCAUCACUCCCAUUCCCUCCCUCGCCACCUUUGCCAUCUUGGCCCUUUCCCCGCUUACCGUAUCCAAAUCCUCCAUCUUUGCCUUUCCCUUUUCCACCUCUCCCUCCUUUUCUUCCUAGCCCUACUCUUUUUAGCCCCCCUCCACCUGCAUUUAAUCUAGGAGAUCCAAGAACCUGGAUACCUAAUUUCCCUAGACUAUCUCCUCCACCCCCACCUCAUUUAUCUGGAGACCCCAGAACCUGGAUACCAUACAUUCCCCCUUCCUCUCCGAGUAUCCCUCAGAAGCAAACACCAUAAGAUGAUUUGGCCUUCUCUAAAUUCAAUUAAACUCCAAAAUAAUUAUGUUUGAUACUAUGUGUUAUAUUCAUGAUUUCAGAAGCUUUUCUCAAAAUUGGUGGAGAUAUAUUGGUACAGAAAAUAGAAUGUACUUGUCUUUGUUUUGAUAA